AUGACUUGUACCCACGUGAUAGGGCGUAGGAGACAGUUCAUCAGGCAGGGCUACAUGGUAGCCUUGGAGAAGUUCACCCUGGAAGCUCUCCUCCCAAGUGUACAUUGUGUUAUCUGGGCAGAAACACCUGUUAUGAUCAAACAGAGCAAGGUAGCAUACUCAAAUGUUGUGGCUGACAAGCUGGUCUCAGUCGACUGUAAGAAAUCAGUGAGAGGUGAAGUCCGGGAAAAUCUUUGUGUGUUAACUCUCAUCACGUAUCGGACCAUCAAAAUGCAACUCUAUGGGAAACUGAGGAUUUUGUGCUUCUGUUUCACAAUUUUGUUACAGACGGCGAAUACUUUUGACGAACUUGGAAGUCACGCCCAUGUCGUGAGCCUGGCAAAACGAAGCACACCUCAAGGCAUCAGCAGACAAUUCGUUGAUUGCGGAACUACCACAAUUUUAGAAGCUGGUGAAUCUGCAAUGAUCUUCUCAGACACUGGUAGUGGCAGACUAAAAUGCAAGAGGACAUUUCAGGGUCCGGCUGGUAGCACACUGGGAUUAACUUGCCAAAACUUCAACCUGAACUCUAGGGGCUGCAAGAAGGAAAGACUCAUCGUCAAAGACCCAGGCUUUGACAAGUCGAAAUUCUGUGGUUCAUCUAGCCCUUUCAACUAUGUGACCAGUGACAACAGUAUGAUCAUCAACCACGUACGUAAGCCGUUCAGCGGAAGAGACUGCUCCGGAGGAUACUUUUGCGAGAUCAGCGUCCUCUAAAGGACACGAAUGGACACUGGAGCUGUUGGGUUACAAAAGUACAUUUCUUAGCUGAAAAAUGUUGUCAUUCUUGAUUGGUGGUGGGUUCUAUUUUGAAGAAUUUUACGUAAAGAGAAAUGGGAAUUU